AUGGAGCCAGUCGGACUCGCAGUUGGCCUUGUCGGCCUCUUCAGCACCUGCAUGGACGUUAUGCAGCGGAUUGACUCGUACAGAACGGCUGGUCGGGACUCAAGGCAGCUUGACGCUCAACUGAAUGCGACUAUGCAUCUCUUAGAAAAAUGGGGUGAUGGUGUUGGUAUUAGCAAGGGGAAGCUCUCAGACAAUCAUCACCCAGAUCUCGAUAACCCGCGCACGUUUGCUGUGGUCCAGGGUCUACUAAACAGUAUCAAGGAUUUCUCGGCAACGUCGGAUGAACCCCCGAGCCCCAGGGGCCUUCAGAAGACUCCAUCAUUUCCAUCAUCGGGAGACUUAUCUUCGCAUGGAUCUAAAAUUUCAAGGUGGCAGAAGACAUCGUGGGCGCUGCGUGGGAAGCUGAAGCAGACAAGCCAUGUUCAAGCACUUGCGAGUCUCGUAUCAGAUCUCUACAACGUUGUUUCCCCCGAUACUACGGGCUCGAAAGCCUUGACGCGAACUCCAAGCUUCAAGGAUCUAUCGAUAAGCGCAGGCGAGCAACCAUAUGCUGUCGAGAUUCGGGAGCUACUGCAGAAGAUUGAGGAGGAGAUGGAAGGCAACGAUUCUAACGAUAAGCGUGUUCAAAAAACAUGUGAAUGGAUUCUCCAUCGCGAUGAGUUCCUAGAGUGGCAGAAACCCUCUUCCUCAAGCAAAUUGCUCUGGAUCAAAGGCCCAGCUGGGUUUGGGAAAACGGUCCUUUGCGCCAGAAUCGUUCAAGAGCUCGAAAGAACAGCACAGGAGCCCGUCGCGUACUUCUUCUUAUCAUCGAGAUAUGAUGGCCGCGACGAUCCUUUCUCAGCCAUCAGAGCAUGGCUGACUAUGAUGAUACAACGUAGCCCGGCGGCUCGAGAUAUCGUGACGAAGACCCGGCUAUCACAGCAUGAGCCACUAGCGAGUCAGGCAACCAUACUACGAGCUUUCCGCGAACUUAUCGUGGGUGUUCCAGGUUGUAUUCUUGUUCUGGACGGGUUGGAUGAAUGCACCGGGAUGACCAAUACAGACACAAAGUCCGUCCCUCAUUUCCUUCAGGAAUUGCGAAUAGCUAUCACCAAUACUACAACCAAAAUCCUCAUCUCAAGCCGUGGUGACCCUGUCAUACAGCAAGGCAUUUCUGAUUUCACUGGAUACAGCGAAUACACCAUCAUUCCAGAUGACGUUGGGCCAGAUCUAAUGGCAUACUCAUCUGAACUUGUCAAAGCAAAGUUACCAAACAAGGACGAACCAACAAGAGCCUCUAUUGCACAAAAGAUGACAAACAGAAGCGAGGGUCAGUUCCAGUGGGUUAAGCUUCAAGAAGGAUCUCUGAGAAAGGGGCGGAGCAGAAAGCAACUCGAACGAGAGAUUGAUGAGACUCCAUCGGGACUUGACAGCCUCUACGACCGAGAAUGGAACAGAAUCAAUGCAAUGGGAGACUCUGAUAGGGAAAGGGCUUUAUCUCUACUACGUUGGACUGCGUUUGCACUGCGGCCUUUGACAGUUCAUGAGAUUACGGAAGCCGUACUCCUGACAGAAGGCAUGGACGAGUUGCCCGUGGACGAAAUGCCAGAUUGCGUUGACCAGGAUUAUGUCGACAGUAUGAUCCUAGAGCUAUGUGGAUCACUGAUUGAGGUCCGGCAUGUGUCAUCCUCAGAGAGCAUCGAGCACCCCGAGUGCAUUCAACAAUCAGAAGAGUAUUCUGUUGGCUUCCAAGAAGUUCACUUGUCACAUUUCUCUGUUAAGGAAUACCUCCUCCUUAAAAUCUUUCCCGGCACUGGCACUUUGCUCUGCAAUGAGAAGCUCCGCGUCACCAACGGAACUAUCCACAAUACCACUCUCGCGAAACAUUGUCUUCGUUUCAUAAGCUUUCCUGGAGCUUGGGAAAGCUUAAAGAUGAGCGAUAAUAAAAGACCAACAAUGCACUUCAUGCUCUAUGCUGCUGAUUCCUGGUAUCAGCAUUGCCGAGAUGUCAAAGCUAUUGAUCCGGACCUACAACAGGCAAUCAAUGCUUUACUCGAUACUCGGAAUCAGAAUUGGCCCUUUGUGAGAGAGUUCGUGGCGACCAAGGUCUUCGGUGAUGACACUGAUGUUCAAGAAAGGUCAAUAAGCCCAUUUGUAUUUGCAGUCUGCAGUGGACUCACAGACACUGUGGCACAUCUCAUACGAGAAGGGCGCUUCGAUAUGAAUGAUCGAUCAUUUGGCAAUUCGACUCCGUUAUUCUGGGCUUGCUUUACUGAAAGUAAGAAUAUUGUGGAAUUACUCGUUGAAAAUGGUGCAGACAUCAAUGCAAGAUGUUACCAAGGUCAAGUACCGCUGCACAACAGUGUGCAAGAUGGGAACGAUGGAAUUAUGGAACUUCUUAUAUCGAAAGGUGCAGAUGUCUCGGUGGUCGACGAUGAGAGACAAACACCCCUUAACUUAGUUUCAAUGAGUGGCAAUACCAAGGCAGCUCGGCAGCUUAUCGACAGAGGAGCUGAUAUAUCACACGAAACAACAGCUGGUUUCACACCACUCUCGAUGGCUUCUAGCAGAGGACAUGUUGAAUUGGCCAAGCUUCUUAUUAAAAGGGGUGCGGAUGUUAAUCAGGUGGUGGCCAACGGCCCCCCUCCGCUUUUGCUGGCCGUGUGUGACGACCACUCAGAACUUGCCGGGUUACUGAUAGAUGAAGGUGCGGAACGCACUGGGAUUCAAAUUCAGGGCCAGGUGUUCUCAUUACUUGCCAUGGCGGCUGGAUACGGACAUCUCAACACGGCAAAAGCUCUGAUCAGCAAGGGUUUUAAUCCGACGGAGGCCCAGCCAUUGCUUCUAGCUGCCUCCUAUGGUAGUUAUAGUGGAUUCUCAAGAGAUUUCAUCCCAGAAACAGCUACCACAUCGCCUGAUUUCCCUUGCUUAGCUUAUCACCAGGUACUAGAACUGCUGCUCCAAAGCGGCGCUGAUGUGAACACCAGUGAUGUGCGCGGUUAUACGCCACUCUAUAUGGCUUCAUUGGGCGGCUUUAUCGAUAUAGUGGAGAUUCUAACACAGAAGGGUGCUGGCUUAAAUGUCAAAACAGUUGCUGGAGAGACACCACUUCAUGCUUCCUCCGCGAUGGGGCAUUUGCGAGUAACGCAGCUUCUUAUCCAACACGGAGCUGAUGUCGCCUCUAAAGACAACUCUGGUCGUAAUCCUUUACAUUAUGCCUGUAGGUCAGGAGAUCUUGAGGUUGUCAACCUUAUUAUAGGUUCAUCCCAAACCCAAACGCUUGACGAGGCUGACCACUGGGGCUCGACACCUUUAUCCCUUGCAGCAAGAUUUGGUGGCGUUGGCAUCCUCAUGGCACUUAUUGAUACAGGCGCUGUUGAGGUCGAAUCCAGCGAUAUGUUCGUUUCGUCCCUCUUAACCACCUUGCUCGCCGGUAGCAUGGUGAGUGCCGAGUACACCGUCGAAAUCCCUGAUGAUGCGGUCUGGGUCACCAACUGGGACGAGUUACAUGCUGCCCCUCGAUUUGAAGGAGUUCUCCUCCCCAAGUACGGAGGCUUUGUUAUUGAAGUUGAUGAAAAGAUUGUCUUGGCUACAAAUGAACGGAUGAGUAAGGAAGUGUUCGACCUGCUCACGGAUUUGGAGAAGAAUGACCCGCAGCCUGAAGACGAGCAGCAGACUCCUAACAAGAGAGAUACAGAGACUAGAGAGAUACACGAGCCAACCGAUCCUGAAGCAACAUGCUGUAGCAGUGAAGAUGGCAUCGCCUACAAAGACCUCUCACUGGAGCAAAAAGAAAUAAGCGACAUUCUACGCAACAUGGAUCGCGAUCCUGAUCUAAUGGGCCUAGCAGACCUCGGCAAAGACGGGGUUUUCCGCUUCCUCGACGCUGAUCGCAACAUUCACUACGCGGUCCCUCUACGACCUGCACUUAUCAAAGCCCUUAUUGAUCGUCUACCUCAUGACCCAGAAGUCGAGAAGUUCUGGCGGGGAGUCGAUGGGACGAAAGUGCCUGAAGAGCAGUGGUACAAUCCGCCAGAGGGGAUACUUCCUCCGCCUUUGACGGAAGAGGAGAGGAGGGAGGAGAGGGAAAUUAUGGAGAAGAAUAAAGACAAGAUUGAUAAGAUUCGGGAGGACCUAAAGAAUGGAAUUCAUCGCGAACGGCUUGUCUUUAUAGAAUCGGAUAAUAAGCUUGAGUAG